UGAGUGGAGUUCAAGUCGGAAUCUCCACAUUUUAAGGCAAAAACAUACAGGCUACACGAAGCUGCGACUUCGCUCGCACUUUAGUCGGCUGUAUCCCGUCGCCGAUUCGUGGUGUGCCUGUGACUCUGCACCACUGAAACGAACCGGCUCGACAAGGCGCAGCCUCGGAGCGACCGCGGUACACUAUAUAGUGCCGCGAAGGCCAGCGAGCGGCAGGGAAGACCGCGAAGAUGAGCCUCUCGGCAUCGUGCGUGCUGCUUCUCGUAUUCGCGAUGACAGCGGGGCCGGCGGGCUCGUCAAGUGCCCGCCGUUACAGCCCAGACUGGUCGUCGCUGGACACUCGGCCACUGCCACCGUGGUUCGACGAGGCCAAGAUCGGCGUUUUCCUUCACUGGGGCGUGUUCUCGGUGCCCAGCUUCGGGAGCGAGUGGUUCUGGCACAACUGGCACGAAGGGCAGUCCGCGUACGUGGAGUUCAUGAGGCGCAACUACAGGCCGGGCUUCACGUACCAGGAUUUCGCCCCACAGUUCACGGCUGAGUUCUUCGACCCCGCUCGCUGGGCCGACAUCUUCGCCAAGUCGGGAGCCCGGUACGUGGUGUUGACGGGAAAGCACCACGAGGGCUUCACCCUUUGGCCCUCGAACGUCUCGUGGAACUGGAACGCCCAGGACGUGGGGCCACACCGGGACUUGGUCGGGGACCUGGCAGAUGCUGUUAGGCGACGCGGAGGCAUGCGGUUCGGCGUGUACCACUCCAUGAUGGAUUGGUACCACCCGCUAUACUUGGCCGACAAGGCGUCCGGAUUCGAGAGUGCCCUGUUUCCACCCGCCAAGGCCAUCCCGGAACUGGUGGAGAUCGUUAAAAGGUACGAACCGGACAUUGUCUGGUCUGACGGAGAAUGGGAAGCGCCGGACACUUACUGGAACAGCACGUCUUUCCUCGCCUGGCUGUACAACGACAGCCCCGUCCGCUCCACCGUGGUGGUCAACGACCGCUGGGGCAAAGGCGUGCGCUGCAAACACGGCGACUUCUUCAACUGCGACGACCAGUUCAAUCCGGGAGUGCUGCAGCCACACAAGUGGGAGAACUGCCUGCCAGUUGACAAGGGCUCCUGGGGCUACAGACGCAAUGCAGACCUCUCGGACUACCGCAGCAUCGGCGAGCUCCUCGACAUCCUGGCCAGCACGAUCAGCUGCAACGGCAACCUGCUCAUCAACGUCGGCCCGACCAAGGACGGCAUCAUCGUGCCUGCUUUCGAAGAGCGGCUCACUCAGUUGGGGGAGUGGCUUGCGGUCAACGGCGAAGCCGUCUACGGAUCGAAGCCCUGGAAGCACCAGAACGACACGGCCACGCCGCACGUGUGGUACACGGCCAAGGCCGACGUGGUGUACGUGUACGUGAUGAGGUGGCCCAAGAACGAGCAGCUCUACCUGGAGUCGUUGGAAUUGUCGCCGCAAAGCAGAGUUACGAUGCUCGGGCUGCCCACCGAACAGACGUUCGCUUGGGCAUCAGCUCAAUCUUUAGAAGACGUGGGCCAACUACGAGCCGCUAGGAAGGGCACGACUGUCAAAUUUCCCACGCUCACCCCAGACAAGCUGCCAACGCCGUGGGCAUGGGUGCUGAAGGUGGAAGGGGCCAUUUAACUUUGAUUGGGCUCAAUGUGAUUCCUCUGGAAUAAACGACUUCCUAACGCUUCAGGAUACCCUUCACGUUGGAAGGAAUUUCCGUUGCUACGUACUCGUCCGAAGAAGUGACAGCGGCGAUUCAUAAAUCAAUUCAAUAACGUGUUGGGACAUUGCAGGUGUUGCUCAGCUUGCAGCAACUUGGCCUUAGUUUAGUUAGGGCUUAGGGCAAAGGUCAUGCGGAAGGAGCAGAAUGUGGAGAUUAAUUGUUGCAGAAACAUUCAAAGGUGAUUUACAGCAGCGUGACCAAGACGACAUGACGACAACAGAAUGGAUCACGACAGCGUGACGACGGCGGUUCGAUGACAACGGAAUGGCGACAGCAUGCAAGACGACGGUGACAUGACAGCGGCGGCGCGCCUGCGCUUCCUCAGUUUACUCCAUAGUUUACUCCACAGAGGUCUGCUGGAGAGCAUGCGGCCUUUGUAUAGGGCCUUUGCAUCGGCGGCGUGCACCUUUAAAUUAAGAGUGUAUCGUUGGCAAAGUGUUUUUCGAUAACUAAGCUAGACCUUAGUAUACCCGCGCAGACACGACGCGGUCGCUACCGUCCUUCUCUGUAGCGUCUCCCGUAGCUUAUUAAGGUGCAGAAUGUGGAGAUUAAUCGUUGCAGAAACAUUCAAAGGUGAUUUACAGCAGCGUGACCAAGGCGUCAUGACGACAACAGAAUGGAUCACGACCGCGUGUCGAUGGCGGUUCGAUGACAACAGAAUGGCGACAGCAUGCAUGCCUUAGGUGUCCAUGUUGGUGGUGCCCUUGCAUGGCGGUGACCGUGGCGAAACUGCGCCGUUAUAAAAAAUGGCCGACGCCGCAAAAAAUGCUCUGGUUGACGUCACAUUUCUCAGGGAGGUUCCUAUUAACAAAGUAAAUUAGUAGUGGCUUUGAGAAGAAAAUUUCGUGUAUACAUUUCGAUCUCGGUGGGAAUCGAACCAGGGCCUCCUCGGUGCGAGACGACCACGUUUCCCUGAAGCGACGGCUGCUCCAUGGUUCUGGGUUACUAAAGGUGUGCCUAGUGAACGCGUGAUUGCCUAGUGCCUAGUGCGUCACGUCGCAGCCAUCUCGCUGACUAAAGGUGUGGCCUAAUGCGUGCAUUAACAUGCUGCACUUGAGGUACUACAUUAAGUGUACAGUCUGUUUCACACAUAGGGGAAAACUCGGAGCGCCUUGCAAGGUGCUCCGAGUAUUCCCCCUAAGUGUGAAACAGACUGUACAUAUGCGACGUUCAGGAGGUCUCCUUAGUGCCACACGUGUACUUCCCAUUUCGGCUCGUUAUGUCUUGCAAGAAGUCUAGCCCCGAUUGUAUAACCUAAUGCAGUACUAAUGCGUCUUACAAAGAAGUCUAACUCCGAUUGUAUAGCUUCAUGUAUUACCAAAUGUGCAGUAGGCUUUCGCCUUCUUGUAGCACAAGAGUGUAACACCUGGGCCGGUAUUUUGUAGCGAUGCAUUUCCGGUAAUAAUGGCUUCUCGCGCUUAUCGCGCUUUGUCAGUGGUCAGAGCGACGGUCCGCUCACGUUAUCAACGGGAUCAGCCGGCCGUGAGCGGUGAAUGAUAAGAAUAAGUCAUAAGGCAUCGCUACAAAAUCGCGGCCCUGCGGAACUUUUUAAGCCCCUUCUCACGAUAACAGCGACAGUUUCGAUAAUGCAAAAGCGCUAUUCGCGCACUUGGCGCGCUGCUAUUACUCAGUGGCUGUGGAGAACUGAUGCUGAGCACGAAGCCGUACGUUUGCUUACCGGCUCCGGGGGCUGCAAUCAGACGCGGGCAGAAUGCAAACACUCGCAUAUGCUGCUCUUUGGGUGCAGUCCCGAGCCCUCCACUAUGGGGCGUCGCUCAUGCAGAGGAUAGGUGUCGCUUUAGGACAUACAAUCCCAAGUAUUCUUCUGUCACUAAAACAGGUUGACCAAAUAUUCAUUUUUUUUUUUUUGUUCCUACAAUCACGUAUUGGCACCAACACAUGGUGUCGCUACUGCUUUACGCAGGAGUGGCAUAAAAAAUACAAUCGAAUAUCACAAAAAUAGACAAAUCACAUUUCGAUAAGUCCUAAAAGCAAGAAAUUCCCCCAUAGACAAACACAGCGUAGAUUGCCACGAACACUACAGGUACACUACACACACAAGAAGAAAAAAAGGUCUCACUUAUGAUAUAAUUAUGAUCAAUUUCCCACAAUGUCUAUGUAUAUACACUGCAUAUAUAUGUAAUGUCGUUUUCGCGAGGGUGAAAUACAUAUGCAGUUCUUAUUCUUGUAUUUAUUCACAAGAUGAAUUACCUGCCAAAAACUGAUGAAGAGCAGUCAGCGCACGCUUCUGCUGAUUACAGCUACGGUCCAAGCAGCUUCUUUUCGAUCGAUUGACUUCGAUACAACCUGAUCAGUUUAUUGUAAUGUUGUGAUGGUAAAUUUCGCUUAGAGAGCACUCAGAAAACACUGAGAUCAUGUACUACCUUACACCUGCGGUUAAAAGGAUGUUUCACAACCUCCACCUUAGCCGUGAGCGGCGGUUGCUUACAAUCCCAAGGUAGAAAACCUAUCUAGGUUUUUUAACUCUCAGGGCUGAUGUUUUACACAUGCGAAAAUACCUGAGUGGACGGAAGCUUAGUUAUACUAUGCGCCGCACGCGUAAUGUGGAUAGUGUGCGUUCGGCUCCCACUAGAGCAAGUUACCUUUUCGUCCGCUUUCCUUUUGCUUUAUCCUGUGAUUUCUACACUUUAAUUAAACACAAAUAUUUUAGAUGCGAAGCAGCUUAUGGUCGGGGCUAUGUCACUCCCUCCAUCCAUCCGCCGUGCGGCGCCCACACCCGCACUGCGCAUCCUCCUCCCCCUCCUCUCCUUGUCUCAUCUCUCCUCUCGGCAUUCCUCCUCUCCGGAUUGCGUAACGAAUGGCAACAUCUGCGAAGCAGCUUAGGUUACAGGCGCGACGGUAGGCGCUGCAUACUCCGCUGGGAGGCGCCACUGUAGCUCGCGGUAUAAUGACGCGCGUGCGCGCUCCGCUCCUCUCAUUCUCCUCCCGCAACGCCGCAAUGAGUGCCACGGACAGCGCCAGCGUCAACGCGUCAGCGCCGUGGACAGCGCCGCGGAGAAGAGGGCUCGAGCCGCUGCCACGAAACGGCAGCGGCGACAGGCCGAUCCCGAACUUCGGGCUCGCGAAGCCGGUAGCUACGUACCUCAACCUAACGGAAACCACGAAGUGAAAACUAAUGGGAACUUGAGUCGACCUCAUGGCUGCUUCGCAUACUAGUCAGGGUUCCCCUACGGGAAGAUGGUGUAAUUUUUCUCGUGUGCUUUCUCUGGUUUAAUUCCUUCUUCGUAUGGUUGUAACCAAUAAAAAUUGAGCCCCU